AUGCAAGUACAUCAUCAUCCUCAACGGACGAAUCACGUUCAGCUACCCAGCAGCUUGGAGAAUGGACCAAUGGGGAGAUGCCAUUCAAUCCAAGUGGAUGGGGAUGGUAGAAGCAGCUGCAGGCGUGCCUCAACGCCAUUGGUUGCAUGUAGAGGAGAGGUGUCACGUUCUGAAGCCCUCAGACGCCACCUCGAGCUUCCCAAAAACCUAUAUAAAGGCCCCUUCAGCCUUCAUAUGAACUCACACCAAAAACAAGAAAGAAAGAGAGAUAAAGUAGAGAGAGAAAGGAGAGAACGCCCAAGAGAGAAAGGAGGAGAGGAAGAAGAAGACGGAGAAGAGGGAGAUCCAGAGGCGGAUCAAGCACGGGCUAGAGCGGGAAAUCUCUGUGAGGUUGUGACGGGUAAUCUUCUAGAGAGAGAAGUUAUGCCGUCAGAUCUCUUGUGUUGUGAGGUUGUGUCAGGUAACCUUCGGGGAAGGUUAUGCUGGCAGAUCUCUUUUGUGUGUAAGAUUGUGAUGGGUAAACUUCGGGGAAGGUUAUGCCGUCAGAUCUUGUUUAUGCAGGUGCAUAGAGAUGUAUCGGUUGUGAGGUUAUAG